UCCCGCCUGCCUCCCUUGUUGUUGUUGUUGUUGUGGUGGUGGUGCUUGCAGCCGCCCCCUCCCAAAAUAGCGGGAGGGAGGGGGAGGGAGGGAGGAAGAGUGGAUGGAUGGAUGGAUGGAUGGAGGAAAGGAAGGAAGGAAGGAAGGAAGGGAGCAAGGAGGGAGGGAGGGAGGAGGGAGCCGUGGAGGGCGGGGGGACCAGAUCAGAGCCCCCCUGCUGCCUCUUCGCCGGCGGAGGAGAUGCCCGGGGAGGAGGCCUCCGAGCGGCGCCCCGCCUCGCCUCGCCCGGCCAGAGGGGAGCUCAGCGCCAGAGAGCAGCCCUCCGAGGAGGAGGAGGAGGAGGAGAGCAGGGCCGGCAUUCUGGAGGGGAGCUCAGCCCACAGCCAGCCCCCGAGAAGCCCAUCCACAGGCAAGGGCCAGGCAGCCAGGCAGGGUCUGUGUCUGCUCCGCUAAGGGAGGGGAGCCCCUGGCCGCUCUCCUCUACCGCCCCACAGGCCCCCGGGGCCUCCCCAUGGGCCCCACCGAGAGGGAGGCAGGCAAGGAGAGGGCAGCCCUUCGGCUGGAGGGCAGCCCAGGCCCAGGCAGGCAGGGAGAAGGAAGGAGAGGAAGGCAGGCAGAGAAGGAAAAAAGGAAGCGAAGGAAAGGUUGGUAUUCAGUGCAGCUCAGCUGAGGUGAGAUGCAGUUCAAGAACAGCUGAAGGGCCACAUGAUCCCACACCUGCAAAGAGACUGACAGUGACCAUUGGAAAGUUGCACAGUCCUGUUUUAUACUGAACUCACAUGCCCCAAAGUCCUCCCAAACCAUCCAAAUUAUUCUGUGACACAAGCAAUGGAACAAACAAGACCAGGGGUGUUUGGUCAAUAAAGUGGUCAAUAACUACAUUUAGUUUUUAAAUUUUGG